CACCCAUUUAAAGUAGGGAAAAAUGUGCAAAAGUGAAGUAAUUAAGUAAAUGUUUCAUGUAGAAUCACAUUCAUAUUCAUUAAGCAAAAUGGAAGUCAUGUUCUUCAUCUGGUCGGCUUGUAAUAUGAUUGUUGGUGUAAAUAAUGUCAAUAUGGUAAACAAUAUUCCAUGUUUAUUUUGCAGAUCCUGCUGCAAGUGCUGAUCUAGCCGUGGUGUUAAUGCAAGAAGGAUUAGCCCAUAUCCUCCUUGUUGGUAGAAGUAUGACUGUUACUCGUUCACGGAUAAAAGCUUCAAUUCCUCGCAAGCAUGGGGCUGCAAUUGCUGGUUUUGAGAAAGCUUUGAAUAAGUUCUUUGAGAAUGUUUUGCAGGAUCAGUUUCAUCGUCACUUAUUUUUGGAGGCAGAAAGAAGACAGCUGCGACCUAUUAUUGAAAACAAAUCACGCAUCAUUCUCGCACACACAAGCUCAUGAUACAAGUAUGGUUGCUUUCUUCAUUGCAUCUUCUCUUCUCCUCUCUAUUCCUAUGUUUAUAUGAGUUUAAGAAAGCCUUGUUAGGUAACUAGCCUUAAGUAACAUGAAAAUUAUAGUUGAUUAUAUGAAAACCUUGUGACUUUUUAUUGUUGUAAGUUGUAACCCAUAAUUUUCCAGUAUUUUAACACUUGAUUCUACUCAAGUUGUACCGUUCCUUUUAG